AUGAAUACAAGACACCACCGUCUCCAGGAAAGCAAAGUACUAGCAUACAGAGGUCUCUAUAAAAUGUCUCAUCCAGCCUCAGUGUAUGCUAAGGCCCUUGUCCUCGUUCAUCCACACUCCUGCUUCCAGCGUCCUCCCAAGUGUUAAUCUUGCGCCGAUUUGUUAGCGCAAUGCACGGAAGCGGGGAACCCUCAGACGCACAAGCCGCAUUCCUGGCCUCAAUCGAACGCAUGCGACGUCGGAAGGAGGCGGAGACGAGGGAAGUUGGGAGAGGCAAAAGCGCAAGCGCAAUUCGCCAUACAAAAAGUCGCAAGCACAAGGACUCAAACCCAUAUUGUAUCCACGAAACUCGUUCUUCGCAAUCGAAGCGAGCAGAAGCGAGCAAUAGUCGACAGGAAACAAGAACGGCCGCUCCCUCGAAAUCGUAUUCGCCAGCACGUAGCGUCAGCAGCGCAUCUUCCAAUGGACCUGGAACUCCACUGCAAGAAACCCACGCGUCUCCUCGAAUACCGAUAAUCUCUGCGGAUCGCCAUGUGCCCUCAACAUCCGCGACACUUCACUUAGGUGAUUAUUCGGGCGUCGGAGCGCAUAUCUCUUCCCACGAAUCUCCCGCUUACGAUUGGUGGAACGAGACGGAGGAAGGCGUGAGCUGUCACAGGACAGAGUCCACUGAAGUGGAAGAAGAGGAGAUAGUGCGAGAAAUGUUCGCGAAGUACACGUACUUUGAAUAUGUCUGAUCAUACGCUCACGUUUCGCACAACACAUAUUGAUACCCA